CUAAUCUAAAGGGAACGUCGAGAGAAAUUCCGAUGGAUUGCCCUUGUAUCGUUCUGCUGAUUUUGGUCAUUUUCCAAAUAAGAGUGGGAAUGAGUCCUAGUAACAAUGUUGACAAAUUGGGAGAUUCUGAAUUAAAGGUUCUGACUGAUAUGACACAGCCAACCCUUCUGUGUGUUUCCAUCUUAACAGUUUUGAUUAACACCACCGAAGGCUCCACAGUUGAUUUAUAUGAUUAUUUUAGUGACGCAGACAAUAUAACAUAUAGUCCAGGCCGGUAUGUUACUGUAAAUAUUUCCACACUUGGUAAACUACAACAGGUUUCAGGAACACUGGAAAAGACAUCGGGGAUUGAACCAUCCUGUACAUUUCUGAUCUAUACCAAAGCUGAAGUUUGUUUCACUGAGAGUUUAUCAUCAGAUGCCCAUGCUACAAAAGUAUGUUUUGAUUCAAAUGGAAACAAAACAUGCACUUACACAUGUAACAGUGGAUAUCUUUAUUUUGAUGGAUCAUCAUCGAAAACGUACACAUGCUCAGGAAAGAAUUACUGGUCUCCUUCUUUUAAACAGGAAGAAUGUCUGCUGACAGAGUCUCCAUCUUACAAAGCUAAGUUAGAGAUGGUUUACGCAUUAGGGGAUCUUCCUGCUUCCUCAUGUUUACAGGGCUUCGACAACUCACUAGCCGCAUAUAACACAACUAUAGCACAAAAAGUGGAUAUCAGAUGUGAUGGCUUUGGAACAGGAAAGUUUAAGAUUAAUAGUUUUACAUCAACAACAAAAGCAUUUCAGAUCACAACUGUCUUUAGUGGAGAAUUUACUGGAACUGGUUCAGAUGAGUCAAGAUCCCUUUGUUUGCGAACACUGGUCGUUGUAGUAGGUAACGAUCUCUCCAGUUUUCUGCAUAAUAAUACUGUUGUUUGUGAUGGAAGAGGACAGUCAAGUGUAUCUGUUGUAAGCAUCAGAGAGGUUGAUUCUGGAAAUGUGUGCUCUGACAACAUGGUACUUAUUAAACCUACAACAUCAGGGAGCAGUGAACAAUGUGUACUUUGUCCACCAGGGAGAUAUUUUAAUGGAACUUACUGUGUAAUGUGUGCUGAUGGCCUGUAUCAGGAUUCGGUAGGCAAGGCAUUUUGCAAUACCUGUCCAACAAAUACUGUAUCAGGGAAAGAUAAAACUGCAUGCAUAGAUCUAUGUCCACCUGGUUUCACUUCAAGUGAUGGAAUGACAGAAUGUAAGCCAUGUAGCAGAGAUGAAUACUGGGUAAAUGCAACCAACUGUGAACGCUGUCCGGCUGAUUUCUCGACAUUUGGGAAAAAUGGGAUUUCCGAUAUAAGUGGGUGUGAAGCUCUUUGUUCCGCUGGAAGAUAUUCUAAUAGAGGGUUUGAGCCAUGUCAAGACUGCCCAUUUCAUCACUACAAAACUGUUCAAGGACAAGGAAAUUGCACGCAAUGUCCAAACGAUUGGAAAACUCUAUCAACCGGAAGUAAAAGAUCAGCAGAUUGUAUCAAUGUGGAUUUUCUUAACCGGGACCUAUUAUGUUCUUCGGAUGUUACGAUAUCAAUAAACAGCAAAGAAGACACCAAAGUUGAUCUACAUUAUUACUAUUUCAGUGCUCCAUACAAUAUAACAUAUAAUCCUGGUCGUUAUAUAUUCGUUAAUACUUCAACACUUGGUAAACCACAACGGGUUACUGGAUCAUUUGAAAAUAAGUUGGGGAUGAAAGAAACUUGCACAUUUCUUAUCUACACCAAAGCUGUAAUUUGUUUUAUUGAUACUUUGAAACCGGUCCAGAACGCUAAAAAAACAUGUUCUAGUUUUGGUGGAAUCACAACAUGCACAUACACUUGUAAAAGUGGAUAUAUUUAUUAUGAUGGGUCCUCCUCAAAGGCAUACACAUGUUCAUUAAUGAAUGACUGGUCAGCUUCAAUGUAUCCGGAGGACUGUCUUUUGAAAAAAUCGCCAUCCUACAAAGCUAAGUUAGAGGUAGUUUACGGAUUAGGGGAUCAUCCUGCUUCCCAAUGUUUACAAGGCUUCGACAACUCACUAGCCGUAUAUAACACAACUAUAGCACAAAAAGUGGAUACCAGAUGUGAUGGCUUUGGAGCAGGAAAGUUUAAGAUUAAUAGUUUUACAUCAACAUCAAAAGCAUAUCAGAUCACAACUGUCUUUAGUGGAGAAUUUACCGCAAGUGGUUCUGAUGGUGCGAGAUCUACAUGUUUAGGAUCACUGGUCAUUGUAGUAAAUAACAAUCCCUCUUAUUUCCUGCAUAAUAAUACUGUUGUUUGUGAUGGAGGAACACAGUCAAGUGUAUCUAUUAAAAGCAUAAGAGAGAUUGAUUCUGGAAACGAGUGCUCUGACAACAUGGUACUUAUUAAACCUACAACAUCAGGGAGCAGUGAACAAUGUGUACACUGUCCACCAGGGAUGUAUUUUAAUGGCACAAACUGUGUAUUGUGUGCAGAUGACCGCUAUCAGGAUUCAGAAGGCCAAACUUUUUGCAAAACCUGUCCAACCAAUACUGUAUCAAGGAAUGAUAAAUCUGCAUGUAUAGAUUUAUGUCCACCUGGUUUCACUUCAAGUGAUGGAAUGACACAAUGUAAGCCAUGUGGUACAGAUGAAUACUGGGUGAAUGCAACCAACUGUGAAAGUUGUCCAACUGGUUUUAAGACAAAUUUACAAAAUGGCGUUCCUGAUAUCAGUGGAUGUAAAGCUCCAUGUUCAGCAGGGAAGUAUUCUUUUACUGGAUAUGAGCCGUGUCAGGACUGUCCCUUUCACCAUUACAAAGCUACCGAGGGACCAGGGAACUGUACAGAAUGUCCACAGAAUCAGGGGACUCUGACCACGGGAAGUAACAGUUCUACUGAUUGUGUCAGUGUUGAUUUUUGUGUAGUUGGCACAUAUUCUACCAGUGGAAUGCCCCCUUGCAAUCUAUGUCCAAGAAACACUUACUGGGUUAACAACAUGUACUGCCAUGCUUGUCCUAGUGGAGGGAAGACAGCCAGUGCUGGUUCACCUAAUAACGGGAGUUGUAUCGCUAAAUGCAGUACGGGUACAUAUUCCUUUGAUGGAUUUGCUCCCUGUAGUAUAUGUCCACUGAAUCACUACCAAGAUCAGACUGGGGCUACAUCCUGUAUAAGAUGUCCUGAUGAAAAAUACACAGUAUCUGUAGGAAGCUCAAGCCUUUCAAAUUGUACAGAUAUAAUAGCUCUAUGUCCAGCAGGGAAGUAUUCUUUUACUGGAUAUGAGCCGUGUCAGGUCUGUCCUCUACAUCACUACAAAGCUACUGAGGGAUCAGGAAAUUGUACAGAGUGUCCACAGAAUCAGGGGACUCUGACCACUGGAAGUAACAGCUCUACUAACUGUGUCAGUGUUGCUUCAUGUCCCGCAGGGAAGUAUUCUCUUACUGGAUAUGAGCCAUGUCAGGACUGUCCCUUUCACCAUUACAAAGCUACUGAGGGACCAGGGAACUGUACAGAAUGUCCACAGAACCAGGGGACUCUGACCACGGGAAGUAAAAGAUCUACUGAUUGUGUCAGUGUUGAAACUUACAACACAUCUCCCUUUCCUGGCACAACAAAGGAAGAAGAUACAUCAACUUCCGGUGAAAAGACCCUAGAUGACUUAUCAGGAAAGGACAACACAGAUGAUAAUUACUUUAAUUAUUUCAUUAUCAUCUCAAUACUUAGUGUUGUUCUCUUUGUCUUCUUGCUGGUUGUAGUUGCACUUCUGUUGAGAAGAAAAUUUCGAAAGAAAGAUUCAGAGAAUUCAAACUACACCAACCCAAGCUUGGAUAAUCAAGAAUCUCAAACACAUUCUUACUCUGGAUUGCAUGACUAUUCUGAGCCUGAGGAGAGUGGAGGUUACAUGGAACUAGACACUAUUCAAAGAGAGGCUCCAAAAGGAGUCCCAAGCAUUUAUUAUAACCGUGAUGUUAUAAACACAGGGGAUAACGUUGCUAAUGUUAAACAUGAAUACACAUAUAUAGUAACAAACUGAAUUAAACUAUGAAAAUUUAAAUAAAAUUAAUAAUAAACUUUAAUUAUUUUUCAUUGUUUUAU